AUGGAAGCUAUAAUUGGACAUGUGCGUGAAGGAAAUAUGCAUGAAGUUAGGCUUUGGCUUGAUAAUACCGACAAUGAUGUAAAUCAGGGGGAUGAACAUAGAUUCAGCCUUCUGCAUUGGGCGGCGCGUGAGGGUCAGUUAGGAAUUAUCGAGCUGCUGUGCUCUCGUGGUGCUCGCACUAACUCUACUAACAUGGGAGACGAAACGGCUCUCCAUUUGGCCGCCUCAUAUGGACAUUUGGAUGUAGUACACUUUUUGGUUGUUGCACCGAAUUUUUCCACCGUGGACGCCACUAACGAGCAUGGAAAUACACCCCUUCAUUACGCCUGCUUUUGGAAUCAUUUAGAGAUUUCUGAGUCAGAGGCCGAGGGUUGA